CGGUCGGUCAUAUGCGCGCGCGCAGCUUUCAAAAACGUUUAUUCAAAUAAGUAUUGCAGUUGUUUCUUUGUCGUAACAUUAACAUCGCGUUAAAGUUAAUUACAGAAUUGUGUACAUUUUGCAUUAUUGCUGGAGUUAUUUUUUACCUUUUUUUGUUGCUGUUGUUGUUGUUUUUGUGUUGGUAUUGUUUCAUUGUUAAUUAUCCUCUUUCGACCCUAUUUUUGGAAAACUUCAUAAAAGCAACACAAACAACAAAAGCAACUGGAAGCUGGCAACGAAAUGGGUAAAACGUUGGAGAUAACCAAACCCUCCUCCACUCAAAAUGGGAGUCCGAGCGCACAGCCGUCUGAGAAAAAUAUGGACCUGGAGAGCAGUACGGCGGUCGGAAAGAAGCGACAUGCGACCACUAAUUUGGAAGCGGCCACACAUCUGUUUAAGGGUAGUGUGGGUGCCGGCCUCUUCGCCAUGGGCGAUUGCUUCAAGAAUGGCGGCCUUGUCGGAGCCACAAUAAUGAUGCCCAUCAUUGCCGUUAUGUGCGUGCAUUGCGAGCGAAUGCUGAUCCGCGGCUCAAUGCUGGCCGUUGAGAAGACCCCAGGCGCCGUUUUCUACGAUUAUCCCGAAACGGUGGAGAAGUGCUUCGAGUAUGGGCCCCGGCCCCUGCGUCGCAUGUCCCGCGCCAUGAAACUCAUUGUCGAAAUGUUUCUCUGUGUGACGCAAUUCGGAUUCUGUGCCAUAUACUUUGUCUUUAUCACCGAGAAUCUGUAUCAGGUGCUGCAGCAGAACGGCAUCGAUAUAAGCAUGAGUAUGGUAAUGCUUAUAACUCUAUUGCCCGCGAUGAUACCCUCGCUGAUGACCAAUCUGAAGUAUAUAUCGCCCGUGUCCCUGCUGGCGAAUGUUGCGCUGCUGUUUGGUCUGAUUGCGACGCUGACCAUUUCAUUCCAGGAGGGUCCGAUGCCGUCUAUUUCGGAACGCCAUCUCUUCACCUCAGGUGCACAGUUGUCUCUGUUCUUUGGCACGGCGCUCUUCUCAUACGAGGGCAUUGCUCUGAUCCUGCCGUUACGCAAUUCUAUGCGAGAGCCUGAGCAGUUCAGCAGCCGAUGGGGCGUCCUCAAUCUAACAAUGGUCUUCAUUACGGGCCUCUUCAUUUUCACCGGAUUCGUCAGCUAUAUGCGUUGGGGUGAACUCGUAGAGGGCAGCAUAACGCUAAAUCUGAAUGUGGAGGAUGUUAUGUCUCAGGUGGUGAAGAUUGUGGCCGCCUUGGGCGUAUUCUUUGGCUAUCCUAUUCAGUUUUUUGUGAUGAUAAAAAUCCUGUGGCCGCCUGUAAAGCGCUCGUACAGCUGCGCUCAGAAAUAUCCCAUCACAUUGCAGGUGAUUUUGCGCUUCAUUAUGAUUAUGAUGACAUUCUGCGUGGCGUUGGUUGUUCCUAAGCUGAAUCUGUUCAUCUCUCUCAUUGGGGCGCUGUGCUCUACAUCGCUGGCCUUUGUCGUACCGGUUAUUAUUGAUUUUGUGACUCGCACUCAAGUUCCUAAGGGUCUCGGAACCUGGACGUAUUUAAAGAAUUUGGUUAUUUUAAUUGUGGCACUGCUGGGCAUUGUCACGGGCACAUAUCAAAGUAUUGUAGAAAUUGUAAGAGAAUUCGAGAUAUAAAUAGGCUCAGGAGCUCAAGAGUGAUUGCCAAGUACUUUGUAAAUAUUCUGUAAUCAUGUGAAUGCGUUGUAACGUUAUUAUUAUUUCACUGUAGCAUAAGUUUAAUCGA